AUGACCGCUUCUGGACUGCGAUUGGUCGGCCGAUUGCUAUGGAGCUUGAGCGUCUGGAAAUGCGACAGCUGGGGAAUUGCAAAUUUGUUGUUAACGUAUUGUCUAGAGCGUGUGGAAAUGGCUGCCAAGACCUCUGCCUAUAAAAAGACACCUUUGAGUACAGCAGUACAAAUGAAGAAAGCUGGACCAAAACCAGAAAUCACUGAAGAACAAAAACAGGAAAUACGAGAAGCAUUCGAUCUAUUUGACACAGAUGGCGCUGGAUCUAUUGAUGCCAAAGAAUUAAAGGUUGCAAUGCGAGCUUUGGGAUUUGAACCCAAGAAAGAAGAGAUAAAGAAAAUGAUUGCAGAAAUUGAUAAAGAAGGCACUGGGAAAAUUGACUUUAAUGAAUUUUUGGCAGUCAUCACACAAAAAAUGGCUGAGAAAGAUACAAAGGAGGAAAUUUUGAAAGCCUUUAGACUAUUUGAUGAUGAUGAAACUGGGCGAAUCUCAUUCAAAAAUCUGAAACGUGUAGCAAAAGAACUUGGAGAAAAUCUGACAGAUGAAGAAUUGCAGGAAAUGAUCGAUGAAGCAGAUCGUGAUGGUGAUGGGGAGGUCAAUGAACAAGAGUUCCUUCGAAUCAUGAAGAAGACCAGUUUGUAUUAAUACACUGUCUAUCACAUGUUGCUUGUGUUUCUUUCUUUUGCUCUAUUACCUGCUUACUGAAUAACAGGACAAUGGAUAAAGGCAACCAUAAUCUGACAAUGUUAAUGGAAGAGAAGAUUGAAUGGCUGUCCAUUGCAUACAAGAGGAGGAAGCUGGUUACUUCAGUAAAUUGUGUUUUACCUUCUUUGAGGUAAAUUUCAUUAUUUACAAUUAUAUUUACAGGACUGGGGACAGAGAAGUGAUCUUAAAAAGAUGUGUCUUAUUUUUAUUUGUAUGGCUGUAAACAUGGUACCUUAAUUGUCAUUUUGCAGAACCACUUUAAUUUCUCCAUGACUUCAGUCACUAUGAAGAAGUCUGUUUGUGUUGUUCAAACCUGUGAGCAUGUUUAGUAUAUUUUAAAUUUUCAAUGAACUGAUCUAGAUUUCUAGUUCUGGAGUUUAUCUUUAAAUGGGUCUUGCAUAAAUAUAGAGAGUAGCAGGUUGGAAUAAAGACAACUCUUAUUAGGUGGUAGCUAUGCAAGAAUUUUAUUGUGCAUUUCACAAAUCAAGUUGGAUAAAAUUUAUUGAGAAGUCAUCAACUCUGUCAAAGAAUCUUUCAUGGUUGUUACUCGGGCAUUUUCCUGUGAUACAAUUGAAUGGCCAAACAAUGAGACUAAAAGGAUAAUUUUAAUCCCCAAAAUGAAUUUGGGUCAGUUGAAGUUUGAAAAUUUUCAAACACAAUCAAUUAAUCAAGAAUCCACUCUAAUUUUAGUGGUAGCAGAACAUUGCAAGGGAAGAAGCUUUUCAGGUGGCUUGUGCCUUUUUUAAAACUGUUUUUGGGGUCCUGGGAACCUUGGCAGAUGCAAGGAUAUCAGCAGAGCAGAUUCAUGACGUAAAUACACUAACAGCACUUUCUGUACUGCCUGGAGGUGGAGGGCAGUUUACACUAAAGCCAAAAGACUUACCUGCUUUAAGCUCCACGUUAUUAAUUCACUCCAGUAUCUAUGUACUCUCCAUUCACCUCCAACACCCUUCUACACACACACACACACACACACACACACACACACACACACACACACACACACACACACACAAACACACACACCCAAUAGAAACUUGUAUGUACAAACAUACUGACCACUACUUCUGCCUCCCUAUUCCUAGUGUGGAGUUGCUCACCUAGCAACUGCCCUAUCCAUCAAUUCUGAGAAUCCAGAAAAUAUUGCUUGAAGGGGUUGAAAUGGAUGGAAGGUGUAGAGGCAGCACGGUGGCUCAGUGGUUAGCAUGGCUGCCUCACAGCACCAGGGACCCAGGUUUGAUUCCUGUCUCGGGCGACUCUGUGUGGAGUUUGCACAUUCUCCCUGUGUCUGUGUGGGUUUCCUCUGGGUGCUCUGGUUUUCUCCCACAGUCCAAUGAUCUGCAGGCUAAGUGGAUUGGCCAUGCUAAAUUGCCUGUAUUGUUCAGGGAUGUGUAGAUUAGGUGGGUUAUAGGAGAAUGGAUCCAGGUGGGAUGCUGUGAGGGUUGGUGUGGACUUGUUGGGCUGAAGGGACUGUUUCCACAUGGUAGCGAUUCGAAGAUCUAAGGUAUCCUAAGAAAGGCAAUUUUUUUUUGCAUACUCCACCAUCCACCCUCCAGAAAUGCAGGACAUUAGACUUGGCUAUUCAGCUGCCAUAUGUGUCAAUAGAUAGACGUCUGCAACAGAUAAGAACUAAUCACGUGAAUACCAGAUUUUGGUUUAGACAAAUGUGGACCUAUGCGCAUGUUGCAAUGUAGAGUUAAGAAACUGUAUAGCAUUGCUAUGCAUUGGGUGAAUUAGAUACCUCCAUUCUCUUUGUCAUUGUGGACAGUGCACCUGGUGGGGCUGCCAGUACAUCACACUGUUGUUACCAUGUCAAGCAAUCUUGCUUUUGUUGCUGGUUCCAGCCUCUGCAUCUUUGACCUGUGGAUGAAAGUUCAGAGGGAACAAGCUCCUCUUAACAGUCUCUGCUAUGACCUACUCCAGUUCAUUUGUGCCAUGAGAGUUACUAGGUCAUUUACAUUUAUAUAAGAGGUCUAAUUGAUGUGCUAGGAUCAGCAUUAGUCACAAUCUGUUUCAGUCCUUUCCUUGGAAUUUUUUUGCUCUGCUCUUCUGCCAGAAGUUUGUGACUAAAGUGAGCAAUUCUCAGUAAUAUGUGCAUUUGAUGGACAUACUCAAAGUGAAAAGCAAGGUAUGAGGAGUAGGAAUGGCCAUGCCUUUGAGGAAACUGGCAUAAUUCAUUUCAGGGAGAAUGGGUGGAAUGAAAAAGAUCAGAUGGGGUUCUUUACAUAAAAGAGAGGGGUGUGCAACUGAAGAUGAGAAGGGUUGUGUCAAACUAAUUCACUAAACAUUGAUGGAAGUGAUGUAAUGAGGAAUGCUAUGAAUGGAGCAGAAUUGAUGCAAGUUGCAGGGAGUGCAUUGCAGGAUUUGGAUAAAUAUUGCUGCCUGCUGACCUAAGGUUCCGUGAAGCAUGUCCAGCACUGAACCUACAGCUCAUCAUUGCACUCCAGCUACUGACUUGAGGUAUGACAGGUGACCAUCCCUUUCAUUGACUUUUAUCUCUUCUUUUUUCAAAAAGGAAUCCUACAAAAUUCUGUCUCUUUCCAUGGCACAUUGAGCCAUCAAGUACUUGAAAUAUGUCAUACCAUUCAGUGUCAAUCAACACUGCGCAGGCAUGAAACCUGUGUUUCCCCAUUGCUCUUUCUCCCUCCAACUCCAAAUGCUUGAUCUCCAUUUCUUGGUUGAAAUUGGGUCCACAAGUACAGUUUUAUCCUAAGCUUCUGUGGAUAGUUUCAGUUACAAUAAUAUAAUUAUAGGAACCCAUAAUAAUUUUGAUAACCUCGCUAUCAUGGAAAUUAGUUUCUUUUACCAUUUUUUCUUGGGCCAUGAAUCUCUACAAGUUUGAUUCAAUCAGGAUAUAUUAACACAGCACCAUUUAAAAACACUCAAUGACAAUCUCUUAAGGCCACACUUGAGUAAAGCAUAUUUAAUUCAACUGGAAUGCUUUCCAACAUCAGAGAAGGGCUUGAAAUCGGACGGUUUGUAUGGAUGUGAAAACAAUUUAGCAAUCAUGCUGGGAACACCAAGAAAUAACUUGCAUUUUAAAAAAAAAAACACUCUUCACAACAUCACAAAAUUCCAUAAUGUUUUGAAGCCAAUUAAGUAUUAUAGAGGUGUAGUCGCUGUUGGAAUUUAGAAAUCUAAACCUCCAUUUAAGGUAAAGUGCAUCAUUCUAACCAGUCUGGCUUGAUGUUAUUAAUUAAGAUCUGCCACCUAACUGUCAAUUGUCCGGAUUUAUCAAAUGUAUUUUGGGAAAUUUUAAUUGGAAACAUUCAAUUUGUAUUGAGAUUCAUGAAAAGCAUCAGCAAAUUCCUUAUCAACUGAUUCAUUUCUACAUAAGGUUUGAAUCCUGUUCUCAACCAAUGAGUUUGAAUUGUGGAAAUUUAUUUUCUUUACAAGCUUAGUUUACAUACUUCAAGAGAAUCACUACCCAAUCCUCAAUUAAUCUUUUAAGAUUCAUGAAUGACUUCCCUUGUUAGCAUGAUUAUCAUGUCUUAAUCAAUAUUCAAAUGGAGUAGUUAAGUUAAAUGAGUUUUCCAUCUCUGGAAGUCAGUGUUAAAAUAUUAGCUGCUGUUUAAUCACUGACCCUUUGAAAUAAAAUUCCAGUUUGUUGAUUUAAAUACAGAUGAAGCUGUGCGAUUAAGAAGAAUAACAAAAAUGUUAUCUGGGUCCUGUUGUGGAACAGUGGUAGUGUCCCUUCCACCAGGCCAGGAGGCCAGAGUUCAAGUCUCACCUGUUCUGGAACUGUGUAAUAACAUCUCUGAUCAGGCUAAUUAGAAAAAUGGGUUAACUUUGUUUUGAAAAAGAAAACCAAAAGCAUUGUACUCCAUACUGUUGUUUUGGUGACCACUGCGAUUAAAAGUGCUUUAGAACUGCUUUGCUCCAAGCUAGCUAAGCUUGAUAUUCAACUCCCAAUCCCACACUUGUUUUACUUUAUGGUAAACAUGAAUCUAGAAGUUGAGUGUCUGGUAGAGAAUGCCAACUUGUGCACUGCUGUCACAGUUGGGGGGGGGGGGGGG